UCGUCUAGAAACGAAUAAUCAACGACGAAAAGGAAAAUGACUUUUGACAACAGAAACUGUAGACCGAUUUCGAAGCAGCUGUAAUCAAGUUCACUGACAGUACUUGCAGCGUGACUGAUAAAGAGGAAAGGAGGAGACAAGAUGCAAGAGAAUGCUCGACCUUAACGCAAUCGAUCACCGUGAAGCUAUUUAAUGAUGAGAGAAAAUGUAUACUCCGAAUGAAUUACUGAUUGAAACGUUGCGUGAAAAUGAACGUCAGAUGGCCUUAAAUCUAACAUGACGAUUAUUGUUAUAAUUGUACGAUUAUCAUAAAGUAUUUAUAGAAAUCAAUGAUCAAAUUAUGUAUGAAAUUUCUAAUGGUAUUUGUUGUGAAAUCGAUGAGAUUAUAAUAUACUGUUAAACAAGUGUAUAUAAUUAAGAAAUUAGCAGGAAGAUUUGAUAAGGUCGGAGAAAAUGGGAUCAGAGCAAAGUUCUCAGGGUGGUACGCAAGGUGCUAACGCUAACAGAGCCAGAAACAUCCCACUGAGACGUGGUAAGAGCGUUCCAAAUCGUGAGAGAGUACCAGACGAUACCCCACCAAGAUGUAUAAGUCCUGGUGCCAGUAUUUGUUCGGAUUCUGAUUUACCAUAUAUAUCGUACACAGUAAAUAGACCUAUAGGAGAUUCACCAAAAAUGACUAACAAACAGUCCCAGUUAUAUAGAGGAAAGAGUUUAGGUGCACAAGAUAUAUCUAGACGUAAAAAUAGCUUAGGUUCCAAUAGCCACAGGAAAACUACCUCUGAUAAGAUUCAUAAUAUAGUGGUAGUGAAGUCAGCUGCUGCAGAUCCUACAACUGACAAGGAUCCUGAUUUGGUUAAGCUACAGAGCAUUCCAAUGUUCCUACCAAUCAUGCGUGGUACCCUAAAUUUACCCCCAGGUGUAAGGGAUCCAGAGGUUCUAGAAAGACUGGAUCCCAUUGGUUUGUUCAAUUUAUGCGCACGCUAUCAACAUCACCUUAACACUAAUGCUCAAAUGAUUGCUGCUGAACAAGCUGCUCUGUAUAUCAACAUAGAACCAGAAGUUACCAAAAUUCUGAAUCUGGCAACAGACAGGCAAAAGAGGUUUGCCAAGUUUGCUGAACAACUGAACAAAGUCCAUGAGCUUAGCAAACAGCUGACUAAAUGUCACUCUCUUCUAAAUCAAACUUUAGAAAGUCUUGAAACACUGAACAAUCUAUUACCUAUAGAGGAAAGGUUGGAACCAUUUGUAUGGACUACAGGAUGAGAUUAAUGUAUCAAAUGGUAACUCCAAAAAUUAAAUUAUAUUCGAAAUGUGUUUAAUGGUGCUAAGAUAAUUCGGAUAAAUCUAACACAAAACCUGUUUCAAUUCUUUUUGUUUUUACUGUUAUUUAUAAUACCGCUAACUUCUAUCCAAAGAUUUCUAGUACCUAUAGUGUAUCAUGCACAGAAAUCUUUCACACGAAAUAUAUAUAUAUUUUUUUGUUAAUCCUAACAAACUUACGAUUGUACAAACGAAAAUGUAAUUUCAAAUGUUUAAUUCCAAAAAUACAUACGAUUUCCUAUGACCAAAA